AUGGUCAAGGUUCAUCUGAGCGCCCCUGGAUACCACGCGGCGAUGGUAUCUGUGCCGUCAUGGCUCGGACGAUGCGCUGCAUGGGCCGAACGAUGUCGGGACCGAAAAAUUCCGGAUAUUCCUCGAUGGAAACCACAUGAAGGAGGCAUCGAUUGCGGUAUGACUGCAAUGUCCUAUAAUGGAAUCUCCGUGCGAGUUAAUGCUAUCUGCGGUAUAAAUUGA